AUGAAUCGUGUUCAAAGCAACGUCAAAAACAUAAAGAAGGAAUUGACACAAGGACAAGAUCAGCUCAUUUGUACCUGUAGAUCUUCACGAGUCAUUGAAUUUUCACCCGAACCGUCCAGCAUCCUACCCAAACCAGAAAUUCUUCACCGUUGGCGGAAGCAUGUCUUGAGUCCGCCCGGCAGUGCCAAGGAACUACCGUCGCAACGACACCCUCGAUUACUCGAUUGCGGGGUUGUUGCAUCGGUAUUUGCCCUUUUGAUUCUGGAUAAGGAUGUCAAUAUCCGUGUGGAAUUCCAAACAGUCCUUUAA